CUACCGGUUUUGCUCUCGCGUGCUUGAGUUUUGUACUCGUCGUAACUCGCGCUUGAUACCGUUUGGCUCAGCAACAAAUGAGAACAGGUUCUCUGUUGAGGAAGUGAGAUGGUAACAUCACGGGGCUACAAAUUAGAACUUCAGCCGCCUGUCAUUUCGCUCACUGGACUACGAUGCCACCGCAGCGAGUAGGUGCCUUGCCGAGGCAACAAUCUCUGCUUUUGCCUGCGGUCAUCAACCCGUUUGUCCAAGACACCAAACUAAGCAACGCUGCUAUAAUUAAAUGUGUCUUGUUGGGAAUUUUCUUGGUCCCUCUUCGAGCUAUCUUUAUAACCCUGGUUCUGAUGGUGUUAUGGCCAGUGUCUGUCAUUGUCACCUUCAAGCUGCCUCUGAAAGGAGCUGUGGAGCCAAGCACAGGAUGGAGAAGAUUUUUGUGUCAAAGAGUGAUGGCUGCCUUGGGGAGGGCUUACUUCUUCAGCAUGGGUUUUCGAGUGGUGGUCAAGGGUAAGCAGGCCAGCAGCCAUGACGCACCCAUCCUGGCUGUGGCCCCCCACUCCACUUUUUUUGAUGGGAUUGUCUGCCUUGUAGCUGGCCUGCCCUCCACUGUCUCCCGUGUCGAGAACCUCGCCACACCCAUCUUUGGCAGGUUCCUUCGGAGUCUCCAGCCAGUGCUGGUAUCUAGAACAGACCCAGACUCCCGGAAGAACACAAUCAACGAGAUUAACAAGAGAGCCAAGUCAGAAGGCCAGUGGCCACAGGUUCUUAUAUUUCCAGAAGGAACAUGUACAAAUCGCUCAUGUCUUAUCACGUUCAAACAAGGUGCCUUCAUUCCUGGUGUUCCUGUGCAGCCUGUGCUUCUGAGGUAUCCUAACAAACUGGAUACAGUGACUUGGACAUGGCAAGGAUUCAAGUCGAAAACACUUCUGCUUUUGACACUGUGCCAGCUCUACACAACAGUAGAAAUUGAGUUCCUCCCACCUCAUAUCCCCACAGAGGAAGAGAAGAAAAGCCCCGCUCUGUUUGCCAGCAGAGUACGAGAAACUAUGGCCAAGGCUUUGGGCGUUCCUGUGACAGACCACACAUAUGAAGAUUGCCGCUUAAUGAUCUCAGCUGGUGAACUCACACUUCCGAUGGAGGCUGGCUUGGUUGAGUUCACUAAAAUUAGUCGCAAACUCAAUCUGAAGUGGGACAAUAUAAGGAAGGAACUUGACGGUUUUGCAACCAUGGCCAGCACCUGUAAGGGGGGACGCAUAACUAUUGAGGAAUUUGCCAGUUUCUUAAAGCUUCCUGUCAGCCCAGUCCUCGAGGAUCUGUUUAGACUGUUUGACAGGAAUGGAGAUGGCACUAUAGACUUCAGAGAAUAUGUUAUCGGUGUGAAUAUCCUGUGUAGGCCAUCUAACACUGAGGAUGUUCUCAAAAUGGCUUUCCAGCUUUUUGACACAGAUGAAGAUGAGAAAGUCACCCAUGACGAGUUUACUGCUCUGCUGUGCUCUGCUUUGGGUGUGUCAGAUGUAGACAUGACCAAACUUUUUGAAGCGAUUGAUGCCGAUGGCUCUGGUUUCAUUACCUUCAAUGAAUUUCAAGAAUUUGCUGCAACCCAUCCUGAGUAUGCCAAGCUCUUCACCACCUAUCUGGAACUUCAGAGAUAUCAAGCUAUCCAAGAAGCAAACCCAGGUGAUCUGGAACUUGCUGGUCAGCCCAGUUCAGGGGAAGAACCAGAGGAGAGCACAUCUGACAAAAAAGAUGACUGAGACAGACCAUAACUGUGACUUUUAUUUGACUUCACUGAAAAGAGAAAUGAAUACAAGGCUGUUGCAGUCUUGUCAGCAUAUUCAAGUCACUGCAACAGCAAUGGUCAUAUAUGGUGAAGCGCUUGCAUUUUUAUAGUUUUAAAAAGCUUUAAUUUUCGAUUUUAGUGCCUUAUAGAUAAAAAGCAACUUACCCCCAAAUUUUUUCUGUCAGUGUAUUUUUGUGUAUGCUUUGCUAUGACACGAAACACAGAUGGGGUGCGUCCAUAGCAGGACAAUAUGUCUGAAAACUGGUCAUUGUUUUAAAUAAGGUUUACACCUAUUCUUCAGUCAUCACUGUGGUUUUUGCUGGGUUUUUACUGACGGAGAUGAGCACAGCCUUGUGCACCUUAUCCUUUGUCUUUGUAAUUUUUCUUUAACAGAGUGGGAAAUCUUGCCACAUCAACACAAAUUUUAAAUGUAAGCAAAGAGUCCUUGUGCUUCUUUAUUACAGUAUAAUUAGAGUACUGUAAGCAACCCAGAUAUGUUCUGUUUUAAAAUUUUGUCUACAGUGAGCAUAGAUGCUGUGCAUUACACUUUUCCCACCCUCGGUGCUCAGGGACACAGAACUUGUAACUCAGCUGUAUAAUUAGCCAGAAGUUUGCUUUGCAUGUGUAUCUAUUUGCAUUUCUACUGAAGAUUGUUGUUGCUGAGACAGCACCACGUCUGUGCAGCUUUAAGUUUACUAAAGCAAAUCAACCACUGAAAAUAGGGCAAUUUGUGAGCAAAAAGGCAACGGUGCUUCUACACAACAGCAUAUUCCAGUGGGGUACGCUUUCAGACCCGAUUAACUAGAGGCAUUGUUUUUUAUUUAGUGGGUUGUAUUGCAAUUAUGUUUUGCUUUUUGUUAACACUGCAAAAUGUUAUUUUUAAAAUAAAACAAGAACACAAUCCUCUUUUCCAUUUUUUUUUAUUCAUCACAGAGGAAACUUGUAAUGACUUUCAUAGACUUUGUUUCUAUUAAGGCAUAAGUGCAAUAAACAGGCUACAGCUGAACUGCUGUUUUUCCAAAAUCA